AUGGCUGCGCAUAGAUGCUUUGGCGAUAAAGGCGACGUAGAAGACAUCACUGAAGCUGAUAUCAUCUCAACUGUCGAGUUCGACCAUACCGGAAAUUACCUCGCUACAGGAGAUAAGGGCGGGCGAGUUGUGCUUUUUGAGAGGAACGAAACGAAGAAGACAUGCGAAUAUAAAUUCCACACCGAAUUCCAGUCACACGAGCCGGAAUUCGACUAUCUAAAAUCCCUGGAAAUCGAAGAGAAAAUCAACAAGAUAAAAUGGUGCCGGCGCCAAAAUGCGUCGCAUUUCCUACUUUCGACCAAUGACAAGACAAUUAAGCUGUGGAAGGUGUUUGACAAGUCCCUUAAAGUCGUUGCAGAGAACAACCUCUCUACCGAGCUUACUCCAGGCGGUGUUGGUGGUGGAGGGGCGCCCAGGGCGCCCCGCGUAUCUUUCAAAGAUCCUUCAGCUUUGAAACUCCCAAGAAUGACACAUCACGACACUGUUGUCGCAGCUGUACCUAGACGGACAUACGCCAACGCCCAUGCAUACCACAUCAACAGUAUCUCUGUCAACAGCGACGGAGAGACAUUCAUUAGCAGUGACGACCUGCGAGUCAACCUGUGGAACUUGAAUAUUCAGGACCAGAGCUUUAACAUUGUCGAUAUCAAGCCGGCGAACAUGGAGGAGCUCACGGAAGUCAUCACAGCCGCGGAAUUCCAUCCUACGAGCUGUAACUGGUUCAUGUACGCGAGCUCGAAAGGGACGAUCAAGCUCGCGGACAUGCGGCAGCGGGCACUUUGCGAUACGCACCACAAACUCUUCGAACAAGAGGAAGACGCUUCUUCUCGUUCCUUCUUCUCCGAAAUCAUCUCCUCCAUAUCCGACGUAAGGUUUUCUCACGAUGGCCGGUACAUUGUAUCACGAGACUACCUCACGGUCAAGAUUUGGGACGUCAACAUGGAGCGACAACCUGUGAAGACAAUUCCUAUCCAUGAACACCUCCGACCCCGUCUAUGCGAUACGUACGAGAACGACAGCAUCUUUGACAAAUUUGAGGUGGUUUUCUCUGGUGAUGCGGAGAACGUUAUGACCGGCAGCUACAACAACAACUUUAUGAUCUAUCCUACCGAUCCAGCUAAGGAGACUGAGAUUGUGCUGCAGGCCGACAAGUCUGCAUUCAAGGCGAAGAAGGUCGGCGUACCAACGCCGAUGAACAAGGGUGCCAAUGGGAAGAAGAGCAACUCCAGGACCAGCAGUCCCGCCGGCCCUGGCAGCCGCAUGAAGAAGGAAACUGAUGCGGAUCACAUCGAUUUCAACAAGAAGAUCCUGCACAUGAGCUGGCAUCCGUUCGAGGAUAGUAUCGCUAUUGCCGCCACAAACAACUUGUUCGUCUUCUCUGCUCUCUAG